AUGGAUCUCAAACAGAACACCAAUGUGAGUGUUUUCCAGGCACGGAGCGAAGUCACACAGACGGCUUGUGUAGAGCGCCUUGUAACAAUACGUGUGACUACAGUACAGAAACAUGUGAGAACGAAGAGUGUAUAUGUAGACCAGGAACGCAGAGAGAUUACCAAGGAAUCUGCACAAAUGUACAAUCUAUUUCAUCCUACAACAAAGAGUGUGGUAACAACGACAAUUGUAUCUUAUGCAAAUGGGAGCAGUGCCUCUGGUGCAGACGGGAGUAUUUAUGCUGUAUAUGACGUGCAUUUCAACACAUCACGGAUAUCAUUAGAUGUGCUUACAAUGCUUCAAGAAGAGUUGAUACGAAGCAACUAUCUUCUCAAUGCUGGUGGCAAUAGUAAUCUGUACUUAAGCCCAAGACCUCAGGAUGCUGCUGACGUGAAUGCAAUUGACGAAUGUUUGUUGGGAGAGGAUGAUUGUUCAACUAAUGCAAGGUGUACUGAUCUGAACGACGCUGGUGGGUUUAAAUGUGCCUGCGAUCCCGAGUAUGAAGACAUCCUUCCUGAGCUACCAGGGAGGCUAUGCACCCUAAUUGUCACGAAUGGCACCAAUUCGACCGAUUUUAUUUCUACGCGGCCCAUCACCACUGUCUCGCCGUCAUCUUCUACAUCAAUCGAAACUUGGCAGAUUGUAGUAAUUUCGAUCGGAUGUCUAUCCGCUGGUCUUCUUCUUGCACUGUGCUGUUGCUGCCUAUUCUUAAUUCCUUUACGGCGUCGACGUUACAAUCAGAAGCCAGAGGAAUCAAUGAUAUAUAACUACGCGAACCAUCAAAUGAUCGAGCCUGCUGCGUUCUUUGCCCGAAUGUACGAAGGAUCCUCGAAUGAAACAUCAGACUUCCCAAGCGUCCGAACAAGAAGUAGCAGACCAUUUUCACAAUCCGUGGUUUCUAAUCCUAUAGCUGUAGCUGAACCAUUAUCAUCCCAUGAUCCUCUAGUGGAUGACGUCACUGAGAGGGAUUAUGUCACGGAGAGUGUGCGCCACUAUGCAGUUGAUCCAAGGGAGACGUCCAUAAGGGAAAGUUUUAAGCGGGUUCUAAAUGAUGUUUUAGCGAGGGGCCCUCCGGAUCAGAGAGGCAUGCGAGCCAGGGUUCCAGAUCAUUUAGCGGCAUUUUUGGAGGAAAGCAGAUCAUCAUCAAUAAACGAUGGAAUCAUCAACAAUACUUUCGAUGAUGUCGAAUCACCGUCAUUGCCACAGGGUAGACAACCAAUCACUCCGAAUAUGUUUUUUGCAAGAAUGAUUGAUGGUUCCGAGCGAUAACGGUUGCAACACACACAGAGCUAUGUGAAAUACGAUGCGAAGGAAAUAUAUUAUUCAAAUAUGUGAAAAUAUAUUGUUCCUUUUAAAAAGGAGUAGAAUGAAGGAAAAAAUGUAAAUGUAUUUUCUCGAAUUUCAUCGUAAUAACAACGAUACCUCAUCUAUCUGACGUGUUUGAAUAAUCAAAAACGAAAUCGAAAUUGUAGUACUAGAAAAAAUAUAAAUUAUCCUACAUUCUUAUCUUCUCAUCUUCUUCUUUAAGAUACAUGUGUAUCAUGUAAAGCUGUAUAAAAAAUAUGUAUUAUAUACAUUUACCUAUUUAUUCAGACUUGAUCGUUUUUGUUUUUUGUUUUGCAUUAAACAAACAGGGUAGUUACGUCUUUCCUCAAUGGUACGAUUGAUAUUAUUUGAUCUAUGUUACAACAAAGUAUUUAUAUUACUUAUUACGCAGAGUACCGCUUAGUUAAUAUUUGUUAAUUUCGCACUAUGUUUAAGUAAGUCAUUACAUAUUGCGUUUUCCAUGAAGUUGAAAUAAUAUUGAUCACAUAAAUUACCACGAAUGUAACAUUAAAGAAAUAGUUAUACAUGUAUCAAUAAAAUUGCAGUAAAUACAAAUGCAAAAAUAAAAGAAACCUCGAGAACGCAGAAAGUAAUGGAGCGGGAUGUUUGUUUUUCUUUUUAAGAAACCUUCUUUGUGUUUAUAUAUAGAAUACAUAUUUGAGUUUAUUUUGGUUGACUUUAAAAGCUGCAAGAGGACCUGUCGAAUUCUGUUUCAGUUUACAGACACGACAUAUCUUGCCUUUUACGUAUGCCAACUUUCUACGUAGGGUGUGUGUUUAUAUGAAUCUUUCGAAUCAUCCAACAUGGGCGCGGAUCCUUCUUCGCGUUUAUACAGAUAAUUCCAAUAUAAAAUCAUAUUGGCUGAUUCGCCGUGUCUAUUCAGAAGAAGAAACUGGAGAUGUCCUCUCGCAUCAACCGGAAUAUGCCGGAAUGAGCUCGAAGGGUGCAUGUGGAUUCUUUAUAUAAACAUGGAGACAGGCGUGAUAUGAAAGCAGAUGAGAGUGAUUUUGUGCUAUGCAGCAGAUUUUUCUUAUAUUAAAUACUGCUAAUUCAUUGAAUAGUUUUUACUUAUGCAUCCUCGGCCAAAACUUCUGAUAAGAUAUAAGGAUGUAGAUUUGUUUCAUACAUCGAUUGAAUUCAGGCACUGUACAGAUACACGGGGUGAAACCAAUUUACUGGUAAUCUUCAUCAUGUUUAUGAUUUUUCAAUGUGUCACGGGCUUUGAUUUCAUUAAUAUAUUAUUUAGACUUGCUUGUUAAAUUUAUGUUAUUUCUCCUAAUCUUUAUAAUGUUAUAUUUGGAAUGCCAGUGCCUGUAAGAACGGUAUAAAUAAGAUAUAUCCCUAAUCGUUUUCUUACUAAUGCUUAAUGACAAAGGCAAAUUGACAGUGCGUAAGACGUCAUUAAGCGAAGUUUUCAAAGGUUGUGAUGCACUUUAAUUGUUAUAGAGCAAUUCCCAGUAAAUACGUAAAUGCCAUGUUAUUUCAUUUUUUGAGUAUGCAAAUUUCGUUUAUGAUAUAAAAAAAGAUGGAACUGGAAAUCAAAAUUGCACAUGGGUGUGUGCGAGAAGCGGGAUACAUGUAUACGAAUUUUAUUACGUCACGGAUUGGUAAAAUCAUUAAUAAAUAUAAUUAUGAACAGUAUCACUUAACCGAGGAAGUCUCUCUUGUUUUUUAAUUAUUUAAAUGUAUUAUGACGUACAGUAAAUAGAAAGUAAGGUGAACUUUGGUCAUGGCCUACAUGUCUAUCAUUGGAAUUGUACGCGAUAUUGCACUACAAUGGAUUUCAUUUUUCCGUUGAUAUUUCGAAACCCUGGAGGUACAUUUCGUCAAGUCCUAAUGCAGCUCACAGAAUCUGAGUUGAAAAGUUUCCGGUUAGCUGCAACAGAGUAUCGCAAAUAUGACUGUCACAGUGCGCCAUCUGUUGUUAAAGGGGAAUCCAACCCAAACAAAAACUUGUUUUUAUAGGGAAAAGAAAAAUCAGACAAGUUGAGAUGUGAAAGUUUGAACAAUAUUGGACAAACAACAAGAAAGUUAUGAAUUUUUAAAGUUGUAAAUAUUGGUAAUCACUAUACCCAUGGAGACUUCAAAUUGGCCGCAUAUGGGAUGUCAUAGUGAUGUAAGGCAAGGACUACUCUUCCAUGUACUCCAAUACAUAUUUUGGCUAAAAUGUAAUUUUUCCCAAAAGUUUUAUUUCAAAUUAUAUUUUUCUUUCAUGAGGACAUAAAACAAUAUACUACCUGGGUUAUAUUUAGAUUACUGCCCCAGGGGAAUGGGUACUUAAGAGAAAACCACAAAUCCCUGAUAAUAAAGUACAUGGCCUAUGGGAAAGUUGUCCUUGCCCCUUGUCAUAAUUUACUCACUCAGUUGCCAAUUUGAAAUCUACAUAGUAUUAGUGAUCUCAAUUUUAAAGCAGCUAUAACUUUCUUAUUGCUUGUCCGAUUUCUUUCAAACUUUCACCAUUCUGUUUAAUUUAUUUUUCUACUUCCCAACACAACAUUUUAUGGCCAAGGCUGGAUUCCCCUUUAACUUACAAAACCGAGAAGAUU